AUGGAUAGUGAGCACUCUUGUACCCGUGAUGUUAUUCUAGCCAUCGAUGCCACAUCAUACAUGGGAACAAGGGAGAAUAUACGUUCGGAGUUCGACUUCAUUGAAAAUUGGAUAAUUCCACGGCUAGACGUGCGAAAAGGCUACGUCCAAGUUGGAAUGACCACCUAUGGUUACUGGUUCAACUACCAAUUUCUAUACUUCAACUACAACCGAGAGCAGAUUUGUGAUAAUUUGGAAAAGCUGUGGAAUAAUGUCGAUAUAGACUCAGCCAAUAAUGUGCCAUUGUCCAGGACUAUACGAAACCUAUUCAACAACUUUGGCUUCGACUACACAUCACUGGUUCUGUUUACAGGGGACAGGGAACAAACCGACGUGGAUGCUGCCGGAGCUCAAGUCGAGUACUACAUCGAUAAUCGGAUGGCGCUGAAUUUCUCCGUGGUUGUCGUCAACUAUGGGAACUGUUCAUUCAACAGCUGGCCAAAAUUGCACACAAAUGUGUAUGACGCCAGCACCAUUGGAGAGGACCAGUUGUCGGACUACGUGGAUGACUCCGUUUGUGCACCGGUGUACCCGACAACCACUUCUACGCAAACAUCCACCUCUACAACGGCUGCACCCAGUACCACUUCAUCUGCAACACCUAGCACUACUUCUGACUGCGGCACUGGUGUAGAUUGCAUUACAACAUCUACUGGAUAUAGCGUUUCCACUGAUCAGCCUACCUGGCCUCCAGCUACCAUACCUAAUCAUGUGGUGACAAGUGGCGAACCCACAGCACGCCCUGCACCUACCGUGCCUAGUCUACCAGUGGCAAACAUCAACAAUACUGGGUGCAACUGCGUCCUGAAAACCGUCUGGUUGGAUGUUUUUCUCCUCAUGGAAGCUACUAACGCAAUGACUCCUGGUGGAAUCAUUUCGGUAAGUGGAUCAACGUUUUUCUCAUCACAUGACAUAGAAAGUCAAGUGCUCAAAAUAAGCCGCUGA